CACACACACCCUUUUACAACACUCAGGCUGAAAUAAGUUUACUUCAGAAGAGUUUGCUGUCCAUGAACUCAGCCAUGAUUUUACACUCCUUAUACGAGAGCCUAGAUUUUAAAAUCAGCUUGUUUUUUAUUUGUUUACUGCUGCUGCUUAUAGAUAUGAUCAGAAAUAAAAAUCCAGCUAAUUUUCCACCAGGACCCUGGCCAAUACCCAUCCUAGGAAAUGUCUUCACUGAUGUUAACUAUAAAACUGUGGACCAGCUAAUUGAGAAGUAUGGGAACAUCUUCAGCCUCAGAAAUGGAUAUGAUAAAAUUGUGUAUGUGUCUGGGUUUAAAACAGUUAAGGAGGUUUUGAUCACUCAAGGGGAAAACUUCAUCGACCGCCCUAUUUCACCUUUAUUUGACACACUUUAUAAAGGCAGAGGGAUCUCCUUUAACAAUGGCUACUCAUGGAGGAAACAACAGCAGUGUGCCAUGAGUCACCUGAAAAACUUUGGAGAGGGGAGGAAGACUCUAGAAGAACAUAUUCAACGAGAGUGCUACUUCCUGUGUGGAGCCUUUAAAGAAGAGCAGGGCUGCCCCUUUGACCCCCUGGUUAAAAUAAACAAUGCAGUGGCCAAUGUUAUCGGUAACCUGGUGUUCGGCCAUCGAUAUGAGUAUGAUGAUGUUGAUUUCCAGAAGCGUCUACAAAUGAGUGCAGAGUCAGUGUUUCUUACAGGAUCUGUGUGGAACCAGCUGUAUGAUGCCUUCCCGGGUAUAAUGAAGUGGUUGCCAGGACCUCAUCAGACAAUAAUCUCAAACUAUCAGGAGUUAUCAAACUUCCUGAAAGAAAAGGUCGAGCAACACAGACCAGACUGGGACAGCGACAAUCCUAGAGAUUAUAUUGAUACCUACCUGACAGAAACUGAGAAGAGGAAGAAUGACAGCGAGGCAGGGUUUAAUAUUGGCAGUCUGGUGUGGAGCAUGGUGGACUUGUUUGAGGGUGGAACUGAAACAACAACCAACACACUCCGAUGGGUUCUGCUUUUCCUGAUCAAGUACCCUGACAUUCAAAAGAAGGUCAGAGCAGAGAUCGAGCAGGUGAUUGGCUCCCGUCCACCUACUAUGUCUGAUAAGCCAAACAUGCCUUACACCAACGCUUUCAUUCAUGAGGUUCUCAGGAAAGCAAAACUUGUGCCUCUUAAUAUUGCUAGAAUUGCGGGAAAGGACACAACUCUUGGUGGCUACUUGAUACCAAAGGGGACUGUGGUGAUCACUAAUCUGACAUCAGUGCUGUAUGACAAACAUGAAUGGGAAACACCAGACACCUUUAAACCUGGACACUUUCUAGACUCCGAGGGCCAGUUCUGCAAAAGAAAUGCCUUUUUCGCCUUCUCAGCAGGCAAAAGGCGGUGUCCAGGAGAGUACCUAGCACACAUGGAGCUGUUCAUCUUCCUCACUGUCCUCCUUCAGACCUUCAGUUUCAGCCCUCCUUCUGGUGAGGAGCCCAGUCUGGAGAGCCAGGUGGGCUUCACACAAGCACCUCUGCCAUACAAGCUCUGCGCUCACACGAAAUGAAGGAGUGGGGAUGGAGUGUAUGCAGUAUGGCAACUUAUCUGCAAGAAAUAUCACCCACAGCUUCCUUUUAUUUAUGGUUACACUCUGGGACUUUUACACGUAUAAACUAAUGGAAUGUACAAGGUCAUUUAAAGUAUAGUAUGAUGCCUAAAACCAAUUAUAAUCUGCAUAAAUGCAAGAAAUGUGCUCCGGCCUUAAAAACUUACCUCCAGUCUACACAUGUAAAGAAUUGGUUCUGACCGAAAACAGCCACAUUUGGUCAA